AUGACCACACGCGCAGACCUCCUAAAACCAAUCCACGCCCUCUUCACAGCCCUAACAAACCCAACCCCAACCAACCCCAACGACCUCCUCUCAGCCUUCACAACCUUCCCAGAACCACUAGUCCACGAACACGGUCUCCCGCAACUAGCCCCAUUCCUCGGCCGGCCAUUCACCGGCCAAGAUGGAAUAGCAGCUUACUUCGAGCUCAUCUCCUCCCUGCUCUCUAUCAAAAGCAUGGUUUUUGAACCCGAGGAGACCUGGGUGGUUGAUGCGAGCUGCAUGGCUGUUUCGCUGCGCGGGAAGGCGACGUUCGUAUGGAAGGAGACGCGGCAGGCGUGGGAUGAGACGUUCGUUUAUCGUCUUAAGCUUGCCGUUGAUGGUGGUGGGUCUGGGUCUGGGUCUGGGUCUGCGGAGACGGGGAGGUUGGCGGUUUGUGAGUAUCAGGUUUGGGCGGAUACGGGCGCUGCGUAUCUUGCUAGGCUUGGGAGGUUGGGGGAUUUGAUAGGAUCUGGGGGUGAUCGUGGAGAGGGGAUUUAUGUGGAUUUUGAUGCGAAGGAUGGGACGGGGUAG